AUAAGCAGGCAGCAGGCACUAGGCAUCAAGUAAACUUCCGGUAGCGGCCUUGCGCAAUUUGUUUAUGAUAUUUUGGGAGUGCCGUGUGUGUGUAUCAGAACCACAUUUGUCUGACCAUUCAAUUUUUGUGAGUUUUCAGUAUCAAUGAUAUCAAACUCCUAACCACACUUAAUGAGUCAAUCUGAUCUAAAGCAAAGAGGAGUUUUAGUUGGAAUCAUAAUAUUAGGGUCACGUGACUUUCAACAACCGGAAGUUGUAUUUCGCCAUUGUUUUGAUUCAUCGUAAUCAUCGGAUGGUGAGUAGGACUGUGGAGUAAGGUCUUCAAGCGUAAAGCUCCAAGUAGGGCUUCCCGAUGUCAAACCAAGGCGCUUUACAGAAAGCCAUUGAGCUGGUAACCAAGGCUACAGAAGAAGACAAGAAUAAAAAUUAUGAAGAAGCUUUGCGUUGUUACGAGCAUUCAGUGGAGUACUUUCUUCAUGCAAUCAAAUAUGAAGCGUCCAGCGACAAAGCUAAGGAAUCUAUACGAUCAAAGUGCAACCAAUACUUAGAUAGAGCAGAAAAGUUGAAGAACUACCUAAACAAGAAGGACAAAAAGAAACCAGUCGCGGACGGUGGAAAACCCUCAAACUCAAAGCAUGCUGCUGAUGACAAGUCAAGUGACGAUGAAGAUGAUAAAGAAGUCACAGAUAAGAAGAAGUUUGAAACCCAGUUGACAGGAGCUAUUGUGAUGGAAUGUCCGAAUGUCAAGUGGUCAGACGUGGCUGGUCUGGAUGGGGCAAAGGAGUCGCUCAAAGAGGCUGUGAUCCUUCCUGUGAAAUUCCCUCACCUCUUCACUGGAAAAAGGAAACCAUGGAAAGGAAUUCUAUUGUUUGGGCCCCCCGGAACUGGCAAGUCCUACCUGGCGAAAGCUGUGGCCACCGAGGCUAACAACUCCAAAUUUUUCUCCGUGUCCUCGUCUGAUUUGGUCUCCAAGUGGCUGGGAGAGAGUGAGAAAUUGGUGAAGUCUCUCUUCUCUCUCGCGCGAGAAAACAAACCCAGCAUAAUCUUCAUCGACGAGGUGGACGCCCUGUGUGGGUCUCGGAGCGAGAACGAGUCGGAGUCGGCCCGGCGUAUCAAGACAGAAUUCCUGGUGCAGAUGCAGGGCGUGGGCAACGACAAUGACGGGAUCCUGGUGCUGGGAGCCACGAACAUCCCCUGGUCUCUCGAUUCUGCCAUCAGGAGAAGGUUUGAGAAGAGAAUCUACAUCCCCUUGCCUGAAGCGCCGGCGCGGUCUGAGAUGUUCAAACUUCACCUCGGGAGCACACCGCACAGUCUGACGGAGGCCGACAUCAGGGAGCUUGGGAUGAGGACAGACGGGUACUCGGGAGCAGAUAUCAGCGUUGUGGUGCGGGAUGCGCUCAUGCAGCCUGUGAGAAAAGUGCAAACGGCGACCCACUUCCGCAGGGUGCGAGGUCCCUCCAGAGAUGACCCCAACCUGAUCGUGAAUGACCUUUUAACACCAUGCUCCCCCGGUGCCCCGGGUGCUGUGGAGAUGAACUGGAUGGACGUGGACUCGGACAAACUGCUGGAACCCAUCGUGUCCAUGUCUGACAUGCUGAUGGCCAUCAGCAAUUCGAAGCCAACGGUGAAUGAUGACGACCUGAAGAAGCUGCAACAGUUCACGGAUGACUUUGGUGUGGAGGGUUGAGCUCAGAGGUGUCGCACACGAGUCCUGGGCUGCUCAGAGACGGGGAGAAGGGAGAGACAAAUUGGCACUCCUGUGCUUCAGAGACUCGAUAUCACCACAGCACCGACAUACGGUCACAGAUGGGUAGGAGCAACGGGCCUGCCAUUACAUCCCUCUGAUGUCAUUUUUGUCAAUGGAAGAACCCCAAUAGGAUGUCUGCAGAAAAAUCCCAAUUAUUUCUUGAAUUCCGUUUCCAUCGGUCUUUGGCAUUUUGUAAAUGACAAGAAAGUACACAUUUUUAUUUGUGUGUUUUUGCCAUCCCUGUUUUGCCAUGAGGGGUUCGUGGUGUAAUCUAAAUGAGGAAAACUUCCAUUUUUGGUCAUAGAAUGGUCAACGGGUUUGGAGCGAGGGGAUGACUAUGAUGACGAUAACAAUGAUAAUGAUGAUGAUGGGUGUUUUGGCUGAUCAUUAAUUUGGUACCCCUACCUUUGUUGUGUUUUGUAUGUUGUUUUAUCUUUUGAUAAAGGCAUCAUGAUCAUGAUGGAGACUAUAGUGCUGAUGUGAUACAGAGUCUUUGAGGAGUGAUAGAGGUAAAUGAGAAAGUGUGUGUGUUAGAGACGGGGAGGGGGGGGGGAGGAAGGGGGAGGGUAUGAGAAGCAAUCACCACCCUUGAAAUUGACUUAAUUGUACGGUUUGUUAUCAUGUUUUUUUUUUGCAAUUUGCAAUGUUGUCCUUUAAUAUUUGCGUAAUUUCUAUUGUUUUGUAUAAAAGUCGUGUGUUGGUGACUUGUCAAGCUGUGAUGUGGGAGAGUGCUUGUUUUGGUUGUGACUGAAACAGUUCUCUCUUUUUCUAUCUUAAAAAGGAAAAAUAAAGCUCUAAGUGACCUCUUCCUGAUGCUGUCCAUCCCAAAAAAAAACUUUUCAUACAUCUAUACUGAUUGUGUGCAUGACAGAGUUUGUAUGGUUGUUGUCAGUUGUCAUUCUUAUAAUGUUAUGUGGGGUUUAUUUAGCAUAACUGACAAGAUAAGUUUGUUACAGGGGAAACAGGGGAAGGGCCAACUAAAGUUGUUUGAAGAAAUUGACAAUAUACUGUCAAACAUUGAAAGCUUAGGAGUUAAAGGUUUGUUUUGAUAGAUGUAAUGUGUUGUUUUUGUGUUAAUUGUGAAGGAUGUGCUAGUAGGGCCGGUGACAUAGUCUAACUUUGAAUUCUAAUGUCGUUGGCACAUCUAUGCUGGACGAAGAGAAGUAGGUGGCAGAGUUAAAAAAUGAAAUGUGAGGUAUCGUGGUGAAAUCAGGCACUCGUCAAUUUUAUGAAAUCGAAGAAAACAGCAUUUUUCUCCGUUUGGCAAUAUUUUCACAUUUUUGUUCUUUGGCUCAAUACCUUUUACGUCUAUUCAAAAACACAAUUCUGUGUGGAUUUUACUGAAAAGCGAUUAAAGGCACAGUCAAUCUCAAUGUUCAUUUUCCAAGGACUCUCAAGCUUUGGAAGUUGCCAAACUUUGGCAGCCAUUUUCUCGCUAAUUUUACCUCUGAAAUCAUGCGACCUCACCUCCCUUAGUUGUAAAUAUCUCAACUAAUAUUUUACAUAGAAAGAUAGACAAGUGAAUAAGCUAACUUUAACUUUAAGAUGACACCAAUAUCUCCACAUACCCAAAAAUUGAUGAACGCCCGAUUCCGCUGCAUUUUGACACAAAUGUUUUCCAUACCGCAAAGCAGAUCGUUGAGGUGUUGCCGUUGCCCCUUUAAUUGUUGUUAAACUGUUAGUAUGUUGUUGGCAGUCAGGUGAGAAUGAUUUUAUCUAAUUUAUUUGAUAACAGAUUUGUUAUCCCAUUUCCUUUUAUCAUAUAGUUCAGUCAAUGGGGAAAAAAUGUUGAGUAAGAUUUGUAAGCUCUGUGUAUUGGAUAUAUCAUUUUGCCCUUCCUAAGCUGUUUGUAUAAUAUUAAUACUUGAUUAAUGAUUUAAUUUCUCUGGUAUUCAUUUUUUUUUUUACACCUUGUACUACAUAUUGCAUGUUGCAUCGUUUGUCUUAACUUUAAAAAAAACCCAAAACAAACAACUACUGCUUUCCUUUUUUUAAUGUGAGCCGGGUGGCAUAGCAUGCCUUUAUAGACAUUUACAAAUAUUAGCUCUGAUUCAGUUUCUUUAAUAAUUUUGAGGGGCGAAAGAUGGCGAUUUUGGGUUAGGGGGGAGGGGGGAGCGGCAAAAGAAAAAGGUUGAUAACACUUAAGUACGGAGGGUCACAAUAUAUGGGAAGAAAAAAUGUAGUUUUGAAUAAAAGAUCUAUCAUGGUGGGAAUAAGGAACCGAUUGGCUAUAGAAUGUAGCUAUGGUGUUGGUGAUUGGUGGGCACUUUUGUGUGGUCUGCUUCAGCUUGAUUUUGGUGUUGUGUUUUAUCUAUUUUCGGCGAAAUGUGGCAGAUAUUUCUGUUAUCACCACAAACUGCAACUCGACAAAAACAAGUAGCAGUAUAUUUGGAGCAGGCAGGUACCGGAAACUUAGAGUGUUCAUGUGGGAGAGUCAAAGACUGAAGUCUUUUGUGUCCACAAGCUGAGGUGAAGGUUAUCUAUUUUGAUACUCUUGGAAAGUAUCUGUUGGGGAGACCAGCUGAGGUGAAGGUUGCUUGUAUUGAUACUCCUGAAAAUUGUCUUGUUAGGGAGACCUGAUAUUCAUCAGAAUUGCGAAGUCACUGUUGUACCAUACUCUUUUUUUGUCUUUGUACAUACGUCAUGUAGUCCUUUCUCCUGUGGGAAAAGAUUGCUGCUGGGCAAUCCCUCUGUUCUCGCUGAACUUUUGGGGGUUUCGUGACUAGGGCGGACGAAAGUCAUAGCUGCCUGUUGAAAGUGACAAGCUCAGAUUCAGAUUGUAUAGAAUUGCUCUCUCUCUCUCUCUCUCUCUCUCUCUCUCUCUCUCUCUCUCUCUCUCUCCCCCCCCCCUCCCCCCCCCCCAACACUUUAUGGAUCUUGCCUCUCAACAGCUCAGCAGACGUAGGAGUGUUGGAAGAUAAAGAACAGAGCUUGCUUGUACUUGUGUACAAUCUACAGAAUAGGGAAAUGAAAAAACAGAUUGAAGAACCAAGUCUGUUUGCACAAUUUAUGAGAAAACAGAAGUCAACAUUCUAUCAUCAAUUUGACCUUUUGUCUGAUGUAAAUUUUGAUCUUUGGAAAAAACGCCUCUUUGUUUUAAUAACUGCUCCUGGUGUUUCAGUGAGUUUGUGACCAUUUGUCGUUCAAAUCUUGAUUCUGCACGGUGGCGCCACCUUGAAAUCUGAGCUGAUGAGGUGGAUGACUCCAGCAUUUGAUACAACAGUAGUUUGUCGUGUGAUUAACCAAUCCUUUGUGUGCAUUGGAAGUAGAAUUUCUCUUACUGACUUAAAAACGUGAAUACAGGGAGAGCUAAUUGUCCUGUGGCUGUCGUCAAAUUCUCCAGUGUUACAUUGUUUUGCUCAUCAUUUACUAGACUCGUAAGUACAAGUACAAGGAGGAUGUCUCUGAUGUCCAUGUAUGAAUUCUAAAAUGUAAAUAAAUAAAUUCAGUCACUCAAUA